GUAUCUUGUUAUUCGUCUGAAAUAACUGAACAGAUCAGCACAACCCUUAAAGGAAGGAUGUGAUGGGUCAGGAAAGAACCAAUUCAAUUUAGGUGUUGGCCCGGUGAAGGGGGCAGAUCCGGUUUGUUAGAUGGAACGUUUUUCAAAUGCAUGUGGCCCAUCCCUGGCUAAUUUACAUGUUUCAUACUUUGCACAGCUUAAUAUCUCACAAAACAGACCAUCAAGCUUUCAACCAUUAAGGGAAGUCUGGACAGAAUUUUUUUUUUCUGCAUGACACAUUUCUGAAAGACUGUAUAAUUGAGUUUCCACAGUAAAAUGCCUGAUUUCAGCAGUUCUCUUUUCAUCGUAUCAUCGUAAGGUCAAUGAUAAAUCAGUCUCAGUCCCUCGGACUCAACGAUCAAUACCCUCUUUGUAAACAGAUGCACCAACAUUCACUACUAAUCCAUCUUUAAUGACCGUAGCAUCGUUCGAUCACAGUCGCAGUGCAGCUGCAGAACAGGUUGUGGUUUGAGUAACGUCUCUGAACUGGAAAUACCCUUCGCUGCCCUGCAUGGGUCGAGCAGGAUGCAUGUUGAGUGAGAUCCUUUUUUAGAAGUCAUGAUUCAAGACGGACCCAGAAGGUUCAGAUUGCAAUAUCAAUUGUCUCCAUUAUCUUUGACUAACCUUAGCAAGAAGCAGUGUGAUAAUCAAAAACUGGAAAUUUGAAAAAGUAAAAUUUACCGGCAUUAAAAUAAAAAAAACACCAUCGCCCAGUCCAAUAGACUCUUAAGACGUGUCAUUAGGAUUUCAGAUUGUUUCUCGUGAGGAUGAGUCUCCUGGAGCGGAAUGAGAGAGGAGGGUCAUUUUUAGAGCGUGAUGACAGACACAUUGUGAGUCGAUGGAGGCUGCGGCGCCACACCCCGUCACCGAGGGCUGGAGCAAGGAGGAAUGUCCGAGUGAAGCCGUCUGCACUGCGCAGGAAUGCUGUUGAGGAAAGCAGUCUGGCCUUUGAUGGGAGGCAGAAAGGGCCACAGAGAAAGAGCCGGAGUGUUUCCCCCCCGAUGGUUUGACCAAAUUUCUCUGUCUGAGCGGCUGAUCGUGCAAGUCUAAGGAAGUGACUCCCUCACAGGAACGUUUGUAGCUUCUCACAUCACCAACUCCACCUCCCAUCAUGGCGAUAGUCCUCCACUCCAGCCCUCUGCUGUGGACUCGGUUGGCCGCGCUGAUCUUCGCCUGUGUGGCCUUCUCUGUGGCCGUGCACGGCGGCAGACUCUACCACGGCACCGGGGACUGGUGCAUCUUCUGCUGGGCCUUCAGCUUCGCCGGGACUCUGCUCGUCCUCCUGGUGGAGCUGUUCGGCCUCCAGGCCAGGGCCCCCGUCUCCUGGAAGAACUUCCCCAUCACGUUCGCCUGCUACUCCGCCCUGCUCUGCCUGUCCGCCUCCAUCAUCUUCCCCCUCUACUUCCUCAAGGGCUCCACAGGCCAAAGUGAUGUCCGUGACUUCCGCAUCGUGUCGACCGUCUUCUCCUGCCUGGCCACCAUCGCCUACAUCAGCGAAGUGAGCAUCAGCAAGGCGCGUCCGGGCGAGGUGGCCGGCUACAUGGCCACGGCCCCCGGCCUGCUGAAAGUCUGCGAGACCUUCGUGGCCUGCAUCAUCUUCGUGUUUGUCAGCGACCCCGUGUUGUACGACCGCCACGAAGCCCUCAAGUACUGCAUGUCCGUCUACUGCAUCUGCUUCAUCCUGUCGGCGAUCAUCAUCCUGCUCUGCAUAGGCGAGUGCACCGGGCGCCUCCCCUUCUCCUUCGCCCGCUUCCUGUCCGGCUAUGCCCUGCUGGCCGUGGUCCUCUAUCUGUCGGCGACCAUCAUCUGGCCCAUCUUCAACUUUGACCCCAAGAACGGGGGAACCAAACAGAGGCCGUACAACUGCUCCAGCGGUAUGGGUCUGUGUGUGUGGGAUAAGCUCAUGGCGGUGGCUGUGCUCAGUGGCGUCAACUUCGUCCUCUACCUGGUCGACCUGAUCUACUCCUCCCGCCUGGUGUUCAUCACUGCUUGAUGGAGGAGAAGUGAAGAUGGGCCAGCAGCACACUCCAGAUCAAAUAGAAUUUGGCUUUUUUUAAUUUUUUUUAUAAAAAGGAUGUCAACCAGUUGUCAAAUACACUUUUGUGAGCAAAUGUGUGUUCGUUUAAUGGUUUGCGCACCAAUAAGUGGAGUCAUGAUGGGAACCAACAGUAGAGUUGCCCCACAGCUGGUUUAGUUUGACUCUGUUUGACAUUUGCUCUGAAAAUAAAAGGAAGUGCGAUUUUUAUUACCUUGGUAUAAAAAAGUUUGAGAAGAAGAAGUGUGGCUCAGGAUGAAUCAGAUCUCAGAUCUCAUUUCUCAAAUCUGCCAAAUUUGAUUUUGUGUGAAGUAUGCUGCCAGCCCUAAAGAGAGAGAGCAGGUGAAGAGGGAAAGAGGUUGAAGUCAUGGCUAUGUUUACUCGUACAAAACAAUAAUCUCUGGGUUUUUUAUAUGUGGGAACUUUUAAAGGUCAAUCAUUGAUUCCAGGGACCUGAAUAGACUGAAUGUGAUUUCUGGAACAUGCUGACUCCACCAAAGAUAUUAAAACAGCUUCUUAUCCAUUAUAACGGCCGAUUGGUGCCUGUUAUAAAACUAAAGUCAUGAAAGCUGUUCACAGAAUCUCAAGAGCAAGGAUACAAGCUAAGAACCAAAAUACUAUGUGCAUGUAAACAUAGUCUGUGAUGACAAAAUGAUGGAAAAACUGAGUAAAUGGUGGUUUAUUAUUUGUGUUGUUAUUAUUAUUUUAAUUUUUUGCAUAAUGUUUAUGUCAAUGCGCUGGCUUGAGACUGUUUUAAAUUGGACAUAAGUUAUGAAAUAACUGCCGAGCGUUUUCUUUCUUUUUAAAUUGCUAAUUGACGUGAAGUUAGAAAAACUAAAUGAGCAGCUGUACGGAGCCUUGAGCUAAAAUAUUUAAAUACCAUACAAUUUGAAAUCCAAGAUGUAAAAUACAUUUAAAAAAAUGUUUUAUCUUAUUGUUCUUUACUUUUUCCACAGCUCCGAUGCUUUAUGACUUGAAGUAGUGCAAACAAACAGUUUACAUGAUGUUAAGAUGAAUGCUAGGCUAGCUUUUCACUCCUGUGAGGAGAUGUGUGUAUCUGUAUAUGCAAGCUACAAUCUUAUGGCCAGAAUAUUUAUCCUAUAUGGGAACAACAUGUGCAGAAUUGUGGAUUUAAAUAAAGCCAACCAUAUAUGCUUAAUUCAAAGUGCACUUAUAUCGUCAGUGUAUUUUAAAGUCCUGGUGCCUCCACAUAUCAAAGCAUCCGUAGCACCACGCUCACCAUCGCACCAUUCAAUUCAAAUGGUCGAUUGGGCCUUUGAGUUUAGAACUGCUGUAAAAGAAAAUACUGAGGGGAUGAAAACACAUGUCCUCUCUCUCUCUCUCUCUCUCUCUCUCUCUCUCUCUCUCUCUCUCUCUCUCUCUCUCUUUUUAGAUGUUGUGUCAUAACUUUUUUAUGUAUUUCACUGUUCAUGUUUCAAGUGUGCUUGCCACAUCAGUGUUGUAGAAAAUUAUAACCCAGGGUUCCAAUAAAGCCACAUGGUAAACAGA